CAAGCAGGAAACGAGGCUUUCCAGGUGCCCGGCUCCCCCAGUCAUCUAGCACUGCUCGUGGAGGUUGACCACCGCAUUUAUAUUUACGACCUGAAUACCCGAGGUACUGUCGGUCAACAGGCAGGGCUGCCCAAAUACAUAUUGCCCGACGUCGCGGCCUCGGCGCCAGGACCAUGGCCAUCACCUGCUGCGGCCGCAAGGUCAAGUGCUACAGCCGGCGGAUCUGCGGCGACUGGGAGCCGGAGUACCAGAACCUGCGGGACACGUCCGUCCUGCUCUUCGCGUCGGGCGUCCUCGGCCUGCUGUGCGCGACGUGCGCGAUCGCGCUGUUCCCCUUCCAGCCGUCCGUCAACGCCGGGAGCCUGUGCAUGUUCGGGAGCGCGCUGUCCUGCGUGACGGCGCUCGUCACGCUGUGCUGCUGCCGCGGCACGCAGAGCGGCGCCUACCACGCGGCGCUCUUCUGCAUGGUGAUCCAGCUCCUCUGCACGGCGUCCCUCGUCUACGCCGGCGCCGGCACGUCGUUCGACUUCUGCGCGGAGACGGUGGACUGCUACGGGCUCCGCUUCGAGGGCUCCGACCGCGAAAGCUGCUGGACGUGCCUGCGCGAGCCGUGGGACGGGUGCGCCCUGCAGUUCUCCUGCGACGAGGACGAGGUCGUCCGGAAGUGCCGCGAGGGCGCCGGCGACCUCGGCGCCGUGGCGCUGCCCUACCGCGAGAACUGCUGGGAGACGAAGGCGUUCCAGUGCUACGACCGGGCGGCCGGCACGCGGAACUACACGUCGCCCGAGGGGCGCCUGACGUACCAGCUGCUCGGCAAGCGCAACUGCGAGCCGCGCUACUCGCCGAACGGCAAGUGCGGCGACGGCGGCGAGGCGACGCCCCAGCCCUUCUGGGGCUUCGAGGACCGCGAGACCUGCUGGAAGUACUACAAGGGCAACGGCCCGAAGGGCCACCGGCGGAAGGCCAUCUCGCCCAAGUCGUCGACGGGCUUCGUCGUCGUGGGCUCGCUGACGCAGAUCCUGGCGUCGUUCUUCUUCAUGUUCGUGGCGGGGGCAAGGCUAGAGAUGUAACAUCACUAAGACUGCCGUGGUUGAC